CUUCUCUCAAUCCUUCCGAUUACAAGCGCCAUUGUAGUUUGACAACAAACAAAAUGUCCUCGUUCAUGAUUGAAUACCAGAAGCUCCAAAUUCCACUUGAAUACAUACAACACGCCACCCACAACUUUGGUGACAGCCACUUCCUCGCCGAAGGUGGAUUUGGGAAGGUGUAUAGGGCAGAACUCAUCCAAUCCAACGGUUCAACCAUGGCUGCAGCUGUAAAGCGCUUGAAUCCUUCAAAUAAUCAAGGGGACGCUGAUUUUUGGAGAGAGAUCAUGUUGCUUUCCAAAUAUAAACAUGAAAAUAUCAUCUUACUCCUCGGCUUCUGCUAUCAAAGUAAGGAAAGGAUCCUUGUGUAUGAGUAUGCUCCAAAGAAUAGCCUCAACAAUCAUCUACACGACCCCAACUUCACAUGGAGUCAACGUCUCAAGAUAUGUCUUGGGGCUGCACGUGGCUUGGAGUACCUUCACAAUCCCAGGGGAGGUCAACAAAGAGUUCUACAUCGUGAUAUCAAAAGUGCUAACAUCUUGUUGGACGAAAAUUGGAAUGCAAAAAUUGCAGAUUUUGGCUUUUCCAAAUAUGGUCCAGCCAACCAAGAACACUCGAUUCUUUUCUCUGAUCCCAAAGGCACUCUUGGUUAUUGUGAUCCAGUUUUUAUAGAAACAUCGUUUUAUAAAAAAGAAUCCGAUGUCUACUCUUUCGGAGUGGUGCUAUUUGAAGUUUUGUGUUCAAGGCUUUGUGUUGAUUAUAAAUAUGAUGAUAUGCGAAGAUCCCUACCUGCGUUUGUGAAGAACUCCUCUAAAGAGAAAAUCAGGGAUGCAGUUAUCGAUGUUAAUCUACUGCGACAAAUGGAAGAAAAUUCUUUUGAUACCUUCAUAACACUCGCGCAUAAAUGCUUGGAAAGAGAGCAGAAAGAACGUCCAUCUAUGGAGUUGAUCGUGAAGAAGAUUGAAACUGCACUCAAAUAUCAGGAACAAAAAGAAGUCGUAUUUUCAGAUAAUGUGAAGUCCACAUCAUCGUCAACGGCAUAUGCAGUAAAAUUGGAGAAGCCAGAUCUACUUCCUCAAAAGGAAGAAGUUGGGAGAAAUCAAUUAGAGGAAAAUCUUGAUGAUGAGAUCAAAAAGUGGUCAAGCGGAAAAGAAGGGAAUUUGCGUGCACUGCUUUCAACACUACAUGAGAUUCUUGAACCUGAAAGUUGUUGGGAACCGGUUUCAUCGACAGAUAUGAUCGACUCUGAUGCUGUACGAAAAAGCUAUAAGAAAGCUAUUUAUCUUAUCCGUCCUAACAAGCUGACACAGCGAGAGGCGAGCACUAGGGAAAAGUAUAUAUGUAGUAAGGUUAUCGAAAUGUUAAAGGUGGGUCUAGUGAGUUUCAAAUCUGAAGAGAGGGCUAUUAAAGAAAAACAAAUAUCUGAAGAGCGAAAUCAGCUUCGUAUUCUAGGCGAACAACAUGAUGAUGAUAUCAAAAGGUGGUCAAAGGGAAGAGAACGGUGUUUGGGUGAUCUACUCUCAAACCUACAAUAUAUCCUUGGACCCGAAAGUGGUUGGGAACCGGUCUCCCUGUCAGGUCUGUGGAGCACUGCAGAUACACAUGAAGAGUACCAUAAAUCUCUUAUUUUAACCGAUCCUGACACGCUGAACAACCGAGGGGCAAGCAGGAAGGAAAAGUAUAUAUAUGGAGAGGUUCGCAAAAUUUUAAAGAAUGGUUGGGAUUCGGCAGUUGCUGAAGACAAAUAGUAGCCUCAUACUCCAUACAUGUAAGAGGUUCUUGGUCGUUCUUGAAGCGCAUUUUAACGAGCUGAAUUUAACUAAUAAAUUCUUGGGUUAAAAGUUUAAUAAAUGUGGUAUUGGGCCCAUAUAGGUAGAAUUUUCAAGGCUCAUAUAGGCUGGUCUAUACCAUCUUGAGUGAUUUUUGCUUCGUUGAUUUGCAUGGUACAAAUGUGCAAUUAGUAGUUUUUCAACAUUCCCUGACGUAACCAAGUUUAAUUUCCUCUGUAAGGUAAAAAUGUAAGUUUCAUGGAAGAAUU